GGGCGAUCCUCCCUCCUCGGCCUCCCUCCCGGAUUAGCCGACAGGCCUGAGCCUCCCCGGCGCCGGGCCCAGGCUGGGCCUCCCUAACCGGCCUCUCUUCCUGUCCCUCCAGGGCCCUGAUGUUCGUGUCCCACGGCGCCGGGGAGCACUGCGGCCGCUACCGAGAGCUGGCACAGAUGCUGGCCGGGCUGGACCUGCUGGUCUUUGCCCACGACCACGUCGGCCACGGCCAGAGCGGAGGGGACAGGAUGGUGGUGUCCGACUUCCACGUCUUCGUCAGGGACGUCCUGCAACACGUGGACGCCGUGCAGAGGGACCACCCCGGGCUCCCCGUCUUCCUCCUGGGCCACUCCAUGGGAGGAGCCAUCGCCAUCCUCACCGCGGCCGAGAGGCCCGGCCUCUUCUCGGGGAUGGUCCUCAUCUCGCCCCUGGUCCUGGCCAGCCCGGAGUCGGCCACCACCUUCAAGGUCCUGGCCGCCAAAGUCCUCAACCUGGUCCUCCCCAACCUGUCCCUGGGCCCCAUUGACUCCAGCGUGCUGUCUCGGAACAAGGCCGAGGUGGAGCUGUACAACGCGGACCCCCUCAUCUGCCGGGCGGGGCUGAAGGUGUCCUUCGGCAUGCAGCUGCUCAACGCGGUGGCCCGGGUGGAGCGGGCCCUGCCCCGCCUCACGCUGCCCUUCCUGCUGCUCCAGGGCUCGGCCGACCGGCUCUGCGACAGCAAGGGCGCCUACCUGCUCAUGGAGGGCGCCAAGAGCCAGGACAAGACCCUCAAGAUCUACGAAGGAGCCUACCACGUCCUGCACAAGGAGCUGCCCGAGGUCACCGGCUCCGUCUUCCAGGAAAUCAAGCUGUGGGUGUCGCAGAGGACGGCCGGGGCCCGGUCCCUGCCCUGAACCCCCCGGCCCACGGCCUGGGGUGGGGACACGGGGCAGAGAGCGAUGUCUUGCAGAAAAAAGAAAAAAAAAAAAAAAAAAG